UUGGUGAAAAGUUGUGGCAGGAUACAAUUGAAAUUGGUGAUAAGAUUUAUUUCACUAUGCUGCAUUUACGUCCGAUUGCUCUACUGCUGAUCGGGCUAGUGGUCCUGGUGAAUGCUCAAACCUUCCAGUACUCCCGUGGAUGGACCAACGGGAAGCGGUCAUCUUCAGUAGAACCCGCUGCCGGUCAGGCAUUGGGUUCGGGUCUAACAAUAGGAGGAUUAAGCUCAUUGAAAGCUAAUGAAAAGGCCUUGUUGCGACGUUUCUUGCGGAACCCGUGUGAUUUGCGCAUCGCUAACCUACUGGCAGGACACCCCAACAAACAGCUGUUCCAGCUGGCUGGCACUAACCUGGACAGCGCCGAAUCGGCGGGAUCUGCAUUCGUCCUGCCGCAGUUUCUAAUUGACCCCGAUGAAGGCAAUGGCAUCGGUGGUGGCCUCGGCGGUAAUUUGCUCAACGGUCGCCCAAUCGAGGACGAAGUGCGCUUCAAACGCGGUGUAUCCACCGGUUUCAGUGAUCCUCGUCAGAAAAUUGCCUAAACUUCGUUCGCAUCAAAUGCCGUCAUCACAUGCCAUCACCACCACCACCACCACCAGUUAGACCGGCCACCCGGUGAUCCAAAAUCAGCGGAAACAGGUGCUUCGUUCCGGGAUUGCCCACGUGGCCGCCAAACGCCAAGCGAUAUAAUGAUCCUCCGGCAUGAGGAGGUUAGAAGUGAUUAUCCCAGAUUGCCGUUUGUUGAAGUUUGACGUGAUGUCCUCAGCGUAGUUCUUCACAUGCUUUCCUCGUCAGUCGUUACUUCGUUUCCGGGUGUAAUUGACCUUGGAGGUACUGUGUCCCACUGCAGCCGGUGUGAUCACGCAUCAUCCAUCAUCUAAGCAACAAGACGCAGUAUUUCGGGCGGUUCAAUUACGUAACGGACUGUGCAAAAAGUGUAUUAUAAAAAUGAAGAUAAAGAUAAGGCAUCUUGUCACAUUGAAGCAAAGUAGGCGUUUUGUUUGUUUACUGCCAGCCGUCCCAAGGGAAGAUCUUGGCGAACUUAACAAGCCGGAAUCCGGAAGGCGCCGAUUACGGUUGCACGUGAAGGUAUACAUGGGAGCUGUGUCGAAAUUGAGCUGUCCUUGUUGCAGACGGACGAUCCGGACCCCGUUGCACGCGGUGCAGGUAAUUGGAAGGUUCGGUCGGUCGACCUUUGUGGGUUGGUUGGGAUCGGUCAAAUUAUGGGUUUGCUCCUUGAUGACCUUCUAUGCCCGUCCGGUAUGAGGUAGCUUCCCUUCUGGCGAUAAACAUGAAUAGUUAAACGGAUGGAUUCGUUGGUGGCGGUUUUAGAAAGUCUACUUGUUUCAAUUCCGUAGUUCGUGAGUCAUUUCCGAGCAAAUUAGCGCACGUUAUUAAACCCAGAUAGUGACAAGCAAGGAGAUAAAGUGCUUGUAGGUUAUGUGAAAUUUGUCAUUGGGGGUGAAAAAAGUAGUUUGUUAGCUUAAAUGGGA